AUGGUGACGGCCGAGGCAGCCCACAACGUGGUUGGCAUCAUCGGAAAUAUCAUAUCUUUUGGACUCUUCCUCUCACCAUGCCCGACAUUUUAUAGAAUCAUAAAGAAUAAGUCGGUGGAGGAAUUUAAGGAGUAUCCUUACCUUGCUACGGUAUUGAACUGCAUGUUUUGGGUUAUCUACGGCUUGCCAUUUGUCCGUCCCGACAGCAUCCUUGUCAUCACCAUCAAUGGGGUCGGACUUGUGAUAGAGCUUAUCUACCUUUGCAUUUUCUUUUCCUAUGCUCCAAAUAAGGGAAGGAAGAAGGUUGUCUAUUGGCUUUGUGGGGAAAUCGCCUUUGUUGUUGCAAUGUCACUUGUGUUCCUGCUGGUUUUUCAUGAUCACAAGAGAAGAAUCCUUGCCUUUGGAAUUUUCUGCGACAUGUGUAACAUCAUAAUGUACACCUCACCUCUUACCAUCAUGAAAAAAGUGAUCACCACAAGGAGUGUAGAGUACAUGCCCUUCUAUCUCUCGCUAGCCAAUUUUCUCAAUGGCUGUGUAUGGACUGCGUAUGCCCUCAUCAAGCUUGACAUAUUCAUUCUGAUCAGCAAUAGCCUUGGGUCGAUAUCUGGCGCGGUGCAACUCAUACUUUACAGUUGCUACUAUAGAUCCACGCCAAGAGAUGAGAAGGUCAUUGAACCGAAGGCUUCUCAAAUCCAGCUCUCUGUUUCUGAUGGACCGGACAGAGUGUAA